AUGUGUAACGAUAGAAGGUGGUUUUUAUUGCCUUUAUUAUCAAAUUGGUCUUAUUCAACCUUUAAUAACGACAUAACGAACGAAGACCUACCACCCUUGCCAACAACCGUUAAAAUAUUAAAGCUUGUUAAUAUUAAUAGAAAAUUAACACCAUUAUCAAUACCAAACAGUGUAACAAGCCUAACCAUAGAAUACUUUACAAAACUAAAUCUAUCGAAACAUACCAUCCCACCAAGUGUAGAGAAAUUAUCGCUAAGAUAUAAAACCUUCGCCAUGCACAGUCAAGACUGCAUACCUCCAACCGUUCGUAUACUCAAAAUCAAAGGUAACUUUACCCAGGAACUAUCGCCUAGUUGGAUACCACCAUCGGUACAUACUAUUAAACUACCCUCUAAAUAUUUCUUUAAAUUGGAUUCAGCGCCACCAUCCGUUACGACCAUCAAAAGAUAUAAAAAAAGAAAAAUUAAAAAAGACUUUAGUUAUAAAUACGCAAAAUAUUUAAAAUAA